CCAGAGGAGGCGCGCCGAGCCGUGCGCCCCGCGAGCUGCAGCGGCCGCUGCGAGGAGCCUGGGUGACCCCCAGUCGUGCGCCUCGCCCAGGAGCCAUGCAUUGCGAGGUGGCCGAGGUACUUUCAGACAAGAGGCCCAAGGAGGCCCCCGGUGUCCCAGGCCCUGGUCUUGGAGCGCACAUGGCCUUCAGGGUCACGGUGAGUGGCGGUGGCUGCGUUGAUGGAGGCCCGCGGGACUUGCUACCUCGGCUGCCUGUGCCACCCCAGCGCACCCACGACCUCCUCAGGCCCCGAAGUCCCCGAGACUACAGCUCGUCCAAGGCUGCCUUCGCUGGAAAGGUGAAUGGGAGCUAUGGUCACUGCACCCCCGGCUCGGAGAAGGGUCUGCUGGAUCUGGAUCUUGCUGAGGGCCCCAGCCCCACCUGUCACCAGGGACUGUUUCUCCCUGCAGGAAGUCCGCCACCCCGGGGCCACCCCCCAGCCUGCGAGAGGCUGCUGCAUUUCCCCCACCCUAACAGGUCUCCCAGGCCCCAGGCCACGUAUGUGAAUGGCGGCCUCCCAACCACACCACACAUCAAGCAGGAAUCCCUGCCCGAUUACCAGGCUAUGGCCGAAGCCCGCACACCCCUGUUGACUCACUGCCGGGCCCCACCAGCCACUGGCCUGCACACGGAUCUGGACCUCCCCAGCAGAGGCCUCGCCAACCCUGCACCUUCCUGCUACCUUCUGGGCAGUGAGCCCAGCUCUGGCCUGGGCCCGCAGCCUGAGGCCCACCCUCCUGAGGGCAGCUUGAAGCGCUGCUGCCUCUUGGGCCUGCCCCCGACUUCCUCGGCCUCCUCCUCGCCCUGCACCUCCUCUGACGUCACCCCCAUCAUCCGUUCCUCCCAGACAGCUCUGGUCACCUGUGUAAAUGGACUCCGCAGCCCCCCUCUGUCAGGAGACCUGGGGGGUCCUGCCAAGCGGGCCCGGCCCGGCCCUGUGUCCACUGAGAGCCACGAGGGCAGCUUGCAACUUGAAGCCUGCCGGAAGACGGGCUUUCUGAAGCAGGAGCCUGCGGACGAGUUCUCAGAGCUCUUCGGGCCUCACCAGCAGGGCCUGCCGCCUCCCUACCCUUUGCCUCAGUUGCCAGCUGGCCCGGGCCUUACAGGCCUGGGGCUGGGCCUGGCCAGCAGGAUGGUGGCCGGGCGGCAGGCGUGCCGCUGGGUGGACUGCUGUGCAGCCUAUGAGCAGCAGGAGGAGCUGGUGCGGCACAUCGAGAAGAGCCACAUCGACCAGCGCAAGGGUGAGGACUUCACCUGCUUCUGGGCUGGCUGCGUGCGCCGCUACAAGCCCUUCAACGCCCGCUACAAGCUGCUCAUCCAUAUGAGGGUGCACUCAGGCGAGAAGCCCAACAAGUGCAUGUUUGAAGGCUGCAGCAAAGCCUUCUCGCGCCUGGAGAACCUCAAGAUCCACCUGAGGAGCCACACGGGUGAGAAGCCGUACCUGUGCCAGCACCCCGGCUGUCAGAAGGCGUUCAGCAACUCCAGCGACCGCGCCAAGCACCAGCGCACCCACCUCGACACGAAGCCAUAUGCCUGUCAGAUUCCCGGCUGCUCCAAGCGCUACACGGACCCCAGCUCCCUCCGCAAGCAUGUGAAAGCCCACUCAGCCAAAGAGCAGCAGGUGCGGAAGAAGCUGAACGCAGGCCCUGAUGCCGAGGCCGAUGUCCUGAGCGAGUGUCUGGCCCUGCACCAGCUUCACGCGUCCACACAGCUGGCUGCCAGUGACGGGAAGGGCAGUCGAGCCCUGGGCCAGGAGCUGCUCCCGGGUGUAUAUCCUGGCUCCGUUGCCCCUCAUAAUGGGCUUGUUCCAGGCAUCCUGCCCCCUACGCAUGAUGUCCCUUCCAGGCACCACCCAUUGGACGUCACUACCAGUUCACACCAUCAUCUGUCCCCUCUACCCACAGCUGACAGUACCAGGGAUGGGUUGGGGCCCAGCCUCCUCUCACCCAUGGUCAGCCCUCUAAAGGGGCUUGGCCCACCACCGCUGCCACCAUCCUCCCAGAGCCAGUCUCCGGGUGGCCAGCCCUUCUCCACGCUCCCCAGCAAGCCGUCCUACCCACCCUUCCAGAGCCCUCCGCCCCCGCCCCUGCCCAGCCCACAAGGCUACCAGGGCAGUUUCCACUCCAUCCAAAAUUGCUUCCCCUAUGGCGACUGCUACCGGACCACAGAGCCUGCAGCCAGUGGGGACGGACUGGCCGGGGAGGCCCACGGUUUUAACCCCCUGCGGCCCAAUGGCUACCCCAGCCUCAGUGCACCUUUACCUGCCUCAGGCUAUGAGGCCCUGGCCGAGGCCCCGUGCCCCACAGCACUGCCACUGCAGCCAUCUGAAGACGUGGUGCCCAGCGGCCCUGAGGACUGUGGCUUCUUCCCCAAUGGGGCCUUCGACCACUGCCUGAGUCACAUCCCUUCCAUCUACACGGACACCUGAGGAAGGCCCCGCCCACCAUUCUGCAGAUGCUGCUGCUUCCGCCUGCCGUGGUCUGCCACCCUCCCUGCCCCAGGCCAGAGCAGCCAGGUGCCCACACAGGUGCUGGGUGCUACGGCAGCCACCCAGCACCCCCCAUGGGGGUGCUGUCUGGGCUCAGAGGUGCCCACCAGGGGUCAUAGCCCUGUAACAGUCCCUUGAUUGUGUCUUCCUGUUUCUCCUACGGUUUUGAAAUCACAGACCUCGUGUAUAUAAAGUGUACAGAACUUAUUUCCCAUUCCCAUGCCAGUUUUAUAUUUUUGGUUUUACAAGAAAAACAUUAAAAACUGGAAACAAGA